CGCUCACCUGUCCAGCCAACAGCCACUAUGAGCCCUGUGCUGCAGCCUGCCCUGCAACAUGUGUUAAUCCGGUGGCACCAUACAACUGCAGUUUGCCAUGCGUGGAGGGAUGCGUAUGUGACAGCGGGUACCUGCUCUACAACAAGCAAUGUGUGCCCAGCCAGCAGUGCGGCUGCUGGCACAACGGGCAGCACUACCCGGUGGGCUCCGAGUUCUGGACCGACAACACCUGCUCGUCCAAGUGCACGUGUCCCACGCGAGGAGGCAAAGUGCAGUGCUCCAGUGCGUCGUGCCCUGCAGGCCAGUUCUGUGGAGUGCAGAACGGGAAACCCGAGUGCCUGGAACACUCCUACGGCAUCUGCCACGUCCACGGGGACCCUCACUACAACACCUUUGACAAGGUGACGCACAACUUCAUGGGGAACUGCACGUACACCCUGGCCAAAGUGUGCUCCAACAGCUCCGUGCCCUACUUCAAUGUGGAGGCAAAGAACGAGCAUCGUGGCAACCCCCGAGUGUCCUACGUGCGCGAAGUCGUGGUGGAUGUGUACGGAGAGCGCAUUACAAUACUCAAGCAGGAGAAGAGCCGAGUGCUGGUGAACGGUGAGUACCGGACCUUGCCGGUGAGCGCAGCAGGAGGAGCCAUCACCGUGAGCAGCAGCGGCCGCUACGUCGUCCUGGAGACAGACUUCAGGCUCCAAGUGUCCUAUGACGCUGACCACUCGGUGGAGGUGAAGGUGCCCACCAGCUACUCCAACCUGACCUGUGGCAUGUGCGGGAACUUCAACAACAGGAGAGAGGACGAUUACAUGAUGCCGAAUGGGCAGCAAGCGGCAGACUCCAGUGCGCUGGGGGAGAGCUGGAAGGUCCCAGACAGUGGCAGUGACCCCACGUGCGGCGUUCCCCCUCCACUGGAGCCCUGCCCUGCGGAAGAGAAGAAGCUCUACGAGUCCGAGCAGUUCUGUGGCAUGCUGACAGCCAGACCAGGCGUUUUUGAGAGCUGCCACGCCGUGAUCAACCCACAGAGCUACUUUGAGACCUGCUCCUACGACCUUUGUGCCAUGAGUGGUGCCCAGGAGGUGCUGUGCGGUGCCCUGGAGGCCUACGCUGACGCAUGCCAGGCAGCUGGUGUGACUCUGCUCCCCUGGAGGAAUGCCACCUUCUGCCCCCUGCCGUGCUCUGCCAACAGCUACUAUGACCCUUGCAUGACUGGCUGUCCUGCCACCUGCGUUGACCGACAAGCCCCGCACAACUGUUCCAAGCCCUGCGUGGAGGGCUGCGCGUGUGCCUCUGGCUUCCUCCUCAGCGGUGACACCUGUGUGCUCGAGGCCCGCUGCGGCUGCCUCUUUGAGGGCAACUACUACAACGAAGGCGAGUCCUUUGUGAGCGAGAACUGCAGUCGCCAGUGCCGCUGUGAAGCCAGCGGCCAGAUGGUUUGCUCUGCAUUGUCCUGUGGUGAGGAGGAGGUGUGCAAGAUCCAGAACGGCCAGCGGGGCUGUUUCCCAGCCAGCACGGCUCUGUGCCACAUCUACGGCGACCCGCAUUACAACACCUUCGAUGGGAAGCUUCACCACUUCCAGGGCUCCUGCAACUACACAGUGGUGACGGCCUGUGACAACUCCUCCCUUGGCUUCAGCAUCACCACUCGCAACGAACAUCGGGGCAGCCCGAGCUGGACGGCUCUGAACUCUGUGGCACUGUCCGUGGAAGGGCUCCACAUUGCACUGCGCAAGAAGAAGGAAGUCUACAUCAAUGGUGUUCUGGCCACCCUGCCUGCUUCUCCAACGCCCAGUGUGAACGUUUCCCUGAGUGGCUCCUACGUGCAAGUCUCCACCAAGCUGGGCCUGCAGCUGCAGUUCAACGGGGACCAGGAGCUCCUGGUGAGGGUGUCCGAGAAGCACAAGGGCAAGCUGUGUGGGUUGUGUGGCACCUACACUGGCAGCCAGCAAGAUGACUUCAGGCGACCCGAUGGGGUCGUUGUGCCUGACCUCAAUGACUUUGGAGCCAGUUGGAUGGUGCCGGAUGACGAGUGGAA